AUGGAUACGCAGCCAGAGUGGAGAACCCUAGCAGCAGAAAAGCGCCAGGCGAUCCUUGAUGCUAUUCCACAGCAAUGGCGGAUCGACGCUCCCAUUCCUCCAGCAGAAGAGCUACGAGAUGUCACAGGGAGCAACUACAUUCACCAAUUCCUGACGCCGCGGGAAAUCGAGAUCACGGAGACAGACGCCUUGGGGAUAACAGAGCAGACGACGUCGGGGAAUUGGACUGCGGUAGAAGUGGCAGAGGCAUUUUGUCAUCGGGCUGCUCUUGCCCAUCAGCUUGUGGCCUGUCUGCACGAGAUAUUCUUCGACGCAGCUAUCGAGGACGCCAAGCGCCUUGAUGCGUAUUACGCAAAGCACAGGAAGCCCGUGGGACCCUUGCAUGGUCUGCCGGUCAGUCUCAAGGACCAGUUCCACGUCAAAGGCGUCGAGACAACCAUGGGAUAUGUGGGAUGGAUGGGGACGUUCCAGGGGAGAAGAGAUGAUCUACGAAGAGGCGAAUUCGAGAGUGAACUCGUGCGAGAACUCCGGGCUUUGGGUGCUGUGUUAUACUGCAAAACCAGCGUGCCCGUGACGCUGAUGGCAGGGGAAACAGCCAACCAUAUCAUCCAGUAUACGUGGAAUCCCAAGAAUCGACACCUCUCCUGCGGCGGCAGCUCGGGCGGCGAGGGUGCGCUGAUUGCAUUGAAGGGGUCUCCUGGGGGGUUCGGCACGGAUAUUGGGGGUAGUAUUCGCAUUCCGGCUGCUUUCAAUUUCCUAUAUGGGCUGCGGCCAUCGUCCGGGAGAAUACCUUAUCAAGGCGCAGCGAAUUCGAUGGACGGCCAGAACACCAUAUUGUCGGUCAUCGGGCCACUUGCGCCCACGGCACGAUCUGUGAAGCUGCUCUUCAAGGCCGUCUUGAGCCAACGGCCGUGGUAUCAUGAUCCGCUUGCCGUGGAGCUUCCAUGGCGGGACGAUAUCGAACAAGAGACGCGUGCACUGAUCGAAGAGUCGAAAUCCGACCCUACCAAGCUUUCCUUUGCCAUUAUGUACCAUAAUGGCCUAACCCGGCCGCAUCCACCCGUGGCGCGGGGAUUGAGGAUGGUCGAGCGCACACUCGAACGACUAGGACAUAAGGUCAUCGAGUGGAAGCCGCCGUCUCACAGAAUUGCGGAAGAUAUUGCAAGCAAAGCCUUCACGGCGGACGGUGGGGAGGACGCGCGCAUACACUUUGGGUUGUCCGGAGAGGUGCCCGAGUGGCCGCUUCUUAUCGGCAGGGAGGAUCAGAAGAAGAACGCGCUCGAAAUUGCUGCGCUGAACGUCAAGAAACGAGAAUACCAGAAGCUCUACAUGGAGUACUGGAACAGCACCGCAGAGCUCACGGGCACAGGACGACCCGUCGACGGUCUCAUCUGUGCUGUAGCACCCAGCGCCGCCGUCACCCCGGGAGGCUUCAACGAUGUCGGGUUCACCAGCUUCGUGAAUGUCUUGGACUACACCAGCGUGGUGAUCCCAGUGACGUACGCGGACAAGACAGUGGACGUGGCUCCAUCCAACAACGAGUUCUUUGGUGAGGUAGACAGGAGGACGCAAGCAGGAUACGACGCGGAGAUCUAUGACGGGGCGCCGGUAGCAGUGCAGCUGGUCGGACGGCGGUUCCAAGAGGAGAAGAUGCUGGUUCUGGCGGAGCACAUUGGGGCUGAGAUUCGAAAUGGCUGA